AUCGACAAAUUUAUUACGAGCUUGCUGGGGAAGAAAGAGCGGCGAUUUCCUUUCUUUAGUCAUCGUAGUUAACUCAUUUCACGGUUGUAUAAAGAAACUGUAUUUGAGAAUGGCUGAGGAAGCGCAUAAGGUUACAUUGAAUGUCUAUGACCUAAGCCGAGGCUUGGCUCGCCAGCUCUCUGCUUCGUUUUUGGGAAAGGUUAUCGAAGGUGUCUGGCAUACGGGAAUAGUUGUGUAUGGGAAUGAGUACUUUUUCGGAGGAGGAAUCCAGCAUUUGCCUGCUGGAACCACUCCAUAUGGAGCACCUUUGCGAACUGUAGAGUUGGGUGAGUCGCAUGUUCCGAAAGAUGUGUUCGAGAUGUACUUGGAGGAGAUUAGUCCACGUUACACUGCUGAAUCGUACAAUCUGCUUACUCACAACUGUAACAACUUUAGCAACGAGGUUGCUCAGUUUCUUGUUGGUAAAGGGAUUCCUGAUUACAUUCUUCAGCUUCCCAGUGAGGUCAUGAACAGCCCCAUGGGUGGUCUUAUAAGUAAGUUGCAAUCUCUUCCCUGCACCUGUUUUGCUUUAGCUUUAGCUGAUUUGUUUUUCGUCUCUUACUUUGCAGUGCCUAUGAUUCAAAACCUCGAGACAACUCUAAGAGCCGGCGCUGUUCCUAACGCUCCCCAGUUUAGGCCUCAGACAACACAGCCUUUUGGUGCUUUUAGCAAGGAUGAAGGUCCAAAACUACCGAGCAAACCCAGUGCUGAGAAAGCGUCCAAGUCUGAGGAUGCCAAAACUUCAGUUCCAACGGAGAAAGUGUCACCUGCUGUUGCUCAAGCUUCUUCUAGUAAAGAGAAGGUGAAGGAGGAUCCAUUGGGUGAUGCUAGGACCAAGAUUCAGGAAGAGAUCACCCGUGAGUUUGCAGCUCUCAUGGCGCAAGGCACACUAAGAGCAAGUGAAGCAGCUGCUAUGGCGACAAAAAGAGUGAUGCAAAAGUAUGGACAUCUCAAUGUAUCUGCCUAGUCUCUAAUAAAACAGUUUUAAACUGUUUCUUUUGCUAUUGUAUUGAAACUGAGUCCAUGAUCGUUGAACGAUUUUAUUACUAUUUUCCCAACUACAUUGUGAUUUACAGACUAAUCACAAGAAAAUUUUCAGAAAAAAUCAGCAAAUAUGGAACAGUUAGGACACUAGGGUCUCUGAAGAAUCUGUGCAGGAAUAUCACAAGGCUAACUUUAGCAACACGCAUCCGUGUCCAACGUCCCUUUUCAUCUAACCCUUUGCUACAUAUCCAAACCUCAAGCUCUAAACUUUCCAAUCCAUCUGACUUCACAUCAUCUUGACCAAGCAAGACAGCCUUGUCUGAUUCGUCGACCAGUUAAAGUAAAUGAGACCUUUUGUUUCUCCAAAAUCCAUAUGAAUCUUCAAAAUACCGACCGAUCUCAAAGAGAGGAAGGUAAACAAAGAAAAUAGAGUUACAAAUGAAAGUGAUGGGAGAGACCACAGACUGGACUACGAAGGUGGCAACGGCAAAGAUGUAUACAAGGCCUAAUACCCACCUCCAUACUUUACUAGACAUAUACUGUAUGUCUCUUAGUUAGUGAGGGAAUAAACACUAAAACUUGAGAGCGUUUUAACCUUACAAUUUGAGCUUUCUUAUUAGGCCCAAAUUAAGUUUUUUUAUUAAUAGCAUUUCCAACUCCACCUCAUAAUUUACUUCAAAAUUGAGAAAUAGUGUUCAUUG